AUGAAGGUGUACAAGCGAGUGUUUCCCCGCCUUAAAGAGAACGCUAUAUACAGUGAUAUCCAUGGCACAAUACAUGCCACUCGGAAGCCACGGACUGCAUAUCUUGAUCUCUCUUCUGCUAAAGACCUCGGGGCAGGUGCCGGUAGCCAUUCCAAGGUCCUUCUAGGCAAACUUCGUCUACCUAAGCCUUUAAUAGCUCGAUCAUCGUCCGGCCAAUUCGAGGUGGCUGUCAAGCUGGCACGGUCCGAUCACGAGUCGCAUAAAAUGCUUCGGAUUGAAGCUAAGCUAUAUGAUAGUGCUAUCCCCCAAUACCUUACUAGGGAUUGGAGCGGGUUUCAUUUCCUCGAGGAAGCUGCGUAUGAUGGGGAUGGUAUAGUACCUGUGGCUGCCGUGGUUCCCAAAUUCUAUGGGUUCUACGUACCGGUGCAUCAAGAUUACACAGGGCUUUUGAGUCCUAUCCUUCUUAUGGAAGAGUGCGGUACACCUAUUGAUGUGAAACGAUUGACGCCCAAAGACAGAGAACUCAUAUACUCAUUCGCAAUCCGCAUCCACCGUUGUGGCGUAUCUCAAGGCUCGUUCUUUGAUCGGAACGUCCUCGUACAGCCAGGACCGUUGAGUGCCCCUCCGUCAAUGCGAUCACCUUCGACGCCUAGCUUUCGGGUCAUUGACUUUGGCCGAGGGGAGAGGCGCGAGGACUUGACAAAGAGGGAAUGGAAGGUGAUCUGUGAAGAUGAGAUGAUCGAUGUCAAGGAAGCAAUAUAUGGGGAAUUGAAACGGAUCAGCAAAGAUGCGCGUGGCUCCAGAAAACAAAUUGCCUUUGCACGGAAAUACUGGUCUACGCGCAAGCCGACGUAUGGUUGA